AUGGCAGGUCUGCUGCUGCGUACAUUCAUCCGGAUCCAGCCCCGGGCGCCGAUGAGCGCCGCCGGUGGAGCCGCGCCCUUCUACGCCUCGUGUCCCUCGUCGCCCCGCACCGUCGCGCACCUGGAGGUGAGGGGGGAGCAGGCCGCUGCUGAAGUUGAAUUAUCAAAGAAGAGUUGUAUCCCAUGCAUUUCAAAGGAUCUGCAUGCCAUGUCAGAAGAUUCUGCUAAAAAGUCACUUGAACAGGUGACUGGUUGGGAACUGAAAAAUGAAGGUGACAUUUUGAAAUUACACAGAGCAUGGAAGGUGAAGAAUUUUGUAAAAGGUCUUGAGUUCUUUCAGCUUGUUGCUGCUGUUGCUGAGGAAGAAGGUCACCACCCAGAUCUUCAUCUCGUCAGUUGGAACAAUGUGAAAAUCGAUGUCUGGACUCAUUCAGUCAGAGGUUUAACAGAUAAUGACUUCAUCCUUGCUGCAAAGAUCAAUGAACUCAAGCUAGAAGGCCUUUUGAGCAAGAAAAAGGCUACUUCCCAGGAGUAG